AUGAAGUUCACUGCUGUCGCUUUCACUGGGCUGGUCGGCUGUGCCGCCGCUCUUCCUCACUUCCCUUUCUUCCCUGAGCCUUCUGGCCCUGUCCCUACUGGCACUCCGACUGGUUCGCUGCCUCCUCCUCCUACUGGCACUGGUAGCCUCCCUCCUCCUCCCACCGGCAUCCCCGGCUCCGCCGGUCCUCAAGAACAGGAGGGCUCCGACAUCCAGAAGCGUCAAUUCGAUGGUGCUGCUCCCACUGGUACCUUCCUGACCGCUCCUUCGGGCUUCCCUACCGAUGGCCCUCACGGUCACCACGGCCACCACGGUCACGGUGGUUUCCCCUCCGGAUUCCCUGGCCCAUCCGGCUUCCCUUUCCCGUCUGGCUUUCCCGAGCCCUCUGGAUUCCCCGAGCCCUCUGGUCCUCCCCCCCAGGGUGGGCCUGAGCCUUCCGGACAGCCGGGACCUGAGCCCUCUGACCAGCCCGCCCCCUCCGGCUUCCCUGGCGCCGGUGCCGGCGAGGACGCUCCCACUGCCACUGCCAACGUGAAGCGCCAGUUCGGUGAUGUCACCGGUUUCCCUGACGCCUCCGGCUUCCCUGAGCCCUCUGGUGGUCCCCAGGAAGGUGGCCCCGCGCCCUCCGGAUUCCCUUCCGGCUUCCCUCAGCCUUCUGGUUUCCCCGGUGGCCCUGAGCCGUCUGGACAGCCUGGACCUGAGCCCUCCGGCCAGCCCCAGCCCUCCGGCUUCCCCGGCGCUGAGCACGGCGAAGCCCCCGCUCCCACCGGCACUUUCAACGAGAAGCGCCAGUUCGGUGAAUUCCCCAGCGCCCCCGAGGGCUCUGGCUUCCCCCAGCCCUCCGGUGGUCCCCAGGACGGUGGCUUCGAGCAGGGUGGCCCCGAGCCUUCCGGCCAGCCCCAGCCCUCGGGAUUCCCCCAGCCCUCCGGCUUUCCCGCUCCUUCUGGUUUCCCUCAGCCCUCCGGUGGCGCUGAGCCCUCUGGUUUCCCCAGUGCCGGAUUCCCCGGUGCUGGUGGCACCGGCGAGGAGGCUUCCGCUCCUUCUGAGACAGCUGCCGCUCCGUUCAACUAG